AUGAAGCCAUGCUGGCCAUUCUUGUUUUACCCAAGAAAACGAGCGCAGCUAGAAACUCAUUUGAAUAGACUAUUCCCAUCCCCGUCUGUGGAAUCUUUAAACCAUUCUCCCAUUCAAGGCUCACUUCCAGAUUUGGAGCAGCAGUCAAUGGACACAAACCAAAACCUGCCAAAGCAUAUGGCAACUGACCAAUGUUCAAAAUUUGCCCUAAAUAGUUUCCCUUUAAACUCCGUCAACAAACUGCUUGCCAACUCGUCAAUUCCACCUCAAAACAAUGAGAGCUUGUUUGAAACUCGUCGACAACCCCUGUUGAAAGCUCAACCUUUACCCUCAAACCAAGUUUCUGCAAUUUCAAACACAAGCAUUGGCGAAAAUCUGGAAUACAAGAGUGCUGAUGAAACCUUUGAGUCAAUUUGUACGAAAAGGCAGUUUAUGAAAAAGUUUAAUACUCUUUGCCUGUCCAUAAAUGGUCCCGUAUUCCAUGACGCAGCAGCAGAGGACAACAACAACAAUAAUGAUGAUGAUGAUGAUGAGAACGAUAAAAACACUGAGGAAUUUGAGCCAACAAUCGUAGGACAACCAUUGAGCGCAAAUGUUUACAAAGAUGCGCCUACAGUAACUCAAAAAGAUCCAAUGAAAAGUGAUAGUGCAGAGAUUGUAAUUCGAGAAGUAACUGACCCUUAUUCCAACGAGUCUAUUAGUGUUGGCGAAACAGUGGUUGUCGUUAAGCCAUUUCAUGGCACGCGAUCCACAGAGUUCAACAUGUUACAGCCUGGCGAUCUCAUUCGUAUAAAUUAUUUUUACUUAUUUGAUGAGGAAGACGACUUGUUUACGCACGAAAGAGUUAUAAAACUAAAAAGAAAGCUAGGGCAAACUGAUUUGGCAAUCAACAAAGAUACAACGCUAUUGCUUCUCGAUAAAAGUAGUGAUUCGAAUAAGGUUGAUAAUAACACAAAUGCAAAAGAAGUAUUUAUUACCAAACUGCAUAUUUGGUAUAAAAAAGUUUUCUGUUCUGGGAAAUUGCUCAAUUUCUUUCUAGAUUCUACACCGCUGAGUGCAGACUUGGUUCGCAAGCAAAAGGUGGAGCAAGAGAAAUCCGAAGUUGAUGAUGUAAAGGAUUUCCCUUUAUGUGUCAUAACGUUGAAUAAGACUCUUGACCCGAAAACUCCACAGGGGGGAACAAAAUUUUCUAUUUCCUUGAGAUGA